AUGUUUAGACAAAUCAUAUUUUUAGUUAUGAUGGCUUUGCUUGCCAUCUCUGCAGUAUCUGCUCGUAUGUUGGUUGCCAACGUACACUCUGAUUUCCCAGCCUCUCGUUUUGUUCUCCAAAACAAGGCUCAAAAGUCCGACCUUGUUGAAUUCAAGAUUCUUUUGGUUGAACAAAACAAAGAUAUUUUAGAUGAACUCUUUUGGGAAGUAUCUAACCCACAAUCUGCUAGUUACGGAAAGUACUUGAGCAAGAAGGAAAUUGAUUCAUUGACUGGAGCCACUCGUGAAGCCGUUCAAUCAGUUACCAAGCAUCUUUUAGCCUCUGGAUUAAACAAGAAGGAAUUCUCUAUCCAUGGUGACUACAUCCAAGUCCACACCACCGUCGUCAAGGCUGAAGCUGUCUUUGAAGCCGAAUUCUACAAGUUUGUUUCAUUGGUCUCUGGUGAAGAGCGUAUCCGUGUCUAUGGUGACGCUUCACUCCCAACUGAACUCGCUCAACAUGUUGACUUUGUCGUAGGUAUCUCUGAAUUCAUUGAAGACAAGAAGUUUACUGAAGCCAUCAAGGAAACCCUCUCUGCCCUCGAGUCCAAGCCAUCCGUUGCCAAGAACCUCAAGGCCCCAGCUGGCGGUCCAACCAUGACCCCAUCUGUCAUCAAGUCCUACUAUGGUGUCCCAUCAAACCUCAAGGCCACCAACCAAGAAUCCUACCAAAUGAUUGCUGCCUUUAACGAUUUCUUCUCGCUCGGUGCCCUCCAAUACUUUGACUCCAAGUUUGGUAUCUCCUCUUCCGACGUCAAGGUCAACCGUCAAGGUCCAAACUGCAUGGCCCAACAAUGUGACGAAAUGGAAUCCAACCUCGACAUUCAAUACUCUACCGCCAUGGCUUUGGGUGCCAACACUCUCUUCAAGAACCACGCCAACGGCCAAUGGGUUCUCGACUUUGCCUUGGAAAUCGCCUCUGCCUCUCCACUCCCAAUGGUUGCCUCGCUCUCUUAUGGUUUCUCUGAAAUCGAACAAUGUCUCCUCACCAACGAAUGUACCACCCUCAACUAUGACAACCUCCAAUACAUUGAGCGUACCAACACUGCCUUCCAAAAGCUCGGUCUUAUGGGUAUGACCAUCUUUGUCAGCUCUGGUGACGAUGGUGCCACCUCUUUCUACUACACCUCGGGUAACAACCCAAUCGAUCCAAGCCACUAUUGUCCACUCGGCGGUUGUGCUUCCACCUCUACCCAAUGUCCAAUGAUCACCAUCUCCUACGCUGCCAACGGUACCGAAUGUUUCUUCCCAGGAGGUGUCGGAUCUGUUGCCUGUCAAUCAACCCUCUCCAACCAAGACGGUGCCAACGCCAUCAACGCCUUUAUGCGUGCCAACGCUGGUGGCAAGUGUGCUGCUUCCAUCGAACAAGAUGUCGAAAAGAACUACCACGUCCACACCUCGUGCUCAUGCUCUUCCCUCAAGACCUACUCUGCCAACGGUUUCAAGGUCUCUGGUUACUCUUACACUGAACAAAACGGUGCUCUCUUUUACCCAGAUUUCCCAACCUCGUCACCAUACGUUACCUCUGUCGGUGCCUCCCAAAUCCUCGAUACCUCCAAGCCUGAAGUUGUCUGCUCCAUCGCUACUGGCGCCAUCAUCACCGGUGGUGGUGGUUUCUCCAACAUCCAACCACAACCAUCCUACCAAUCAUCUGCCGUCUCCUCUUUCCUCUCUGCCGGCGUCAACCUCCCACCAAGCUACUCUUUCAACACCUCUGGUCGUGCCUACCCAGAUAUUUCCCUCGUCGGUCACGCCUACUCUAUCGGUGUCUCUGCCUCAUCCUCUGACAAGUGCCCAUGUUCACUCCAAUCUGUCGACGGUACCUCUUGCUCUUCACCAACUCUUGCCGGUAUGGUUACCCUCAUCAACGAUCAAUUGUUGAACGCCAACAAGCCACAACUCGGUUUCCUCAACCCAUUGCUCUACCAAGCUGCUGCCAGCCAAUCCAACUUCUUUAACGAUAUCACCACUGGUAACAACAACUGUAACCACGCUUACUGUAUGUUAUAUGGUUUCUCUGCCACCAAGGGUUACGAUACCGCCUCUGGUUUGGGUUCCAUCAACUUUGCCAAGUUCUCCUCAUAUGUUCUUUCCAAGUAA